AUGUUAUUAUGUCAAUAUGCGGAUGGUAAUAUAAAAAAAGAUUAUUUAAAUUUUAUUUAUUCAAGAGAUUAUUGUUAUCAAGAUUUGAUUAGAGAUAAAAAAUCAAAUGCUUCAGAAAAACAAUUCAAAAGGAAUUUAAUUGAUUUUUUACAUAGAAAUCACAACGAAGAGAUUCAAAUCUUGAAAUCAAAAAUCAAUAAAAUCAAUGAUAAAGAUAUCAAAUCGUUCUUUCAAUUUGUUAUAGUUUAUUUUGGUUCUGCUCAUUUUUCACAUAGCUCUGGAGGUUGUCAAACUGGUUAUGGGACAAAAAGAAUCAUUAAAAUUUGGGAAGAUUUAGGUUGUAGAGUUAUAUUGGUAGAUGAAGUUUAUACUUCACAGGUAUGA